GUUCGGGACUGCUGUCAACGGAGACUACACCUUUCGCACGGAGCUGUGUGUUUGCGGUUGGUGUAAUUUUGGGACAGUUCACAUUUCUUCCUUGGAUUAAGAUCUAGCCCUUAUCAUUUCUGUACUGUGAGGAGCCAUAUUCGGUCCCUUUCUUGGUUUGGAAAUUGUUCCUGUUUGGACGGCGCGACGUGACUCACCAUGUCUUUCCUUUACUGGAAUAUUUCACUCGUCCUGUCCUUCUGUUUCGUCUAUAUGUCAGCUGGCGAAGACUCAGGUGAGCUUCCUGCACCUGUGGAUGCGAAGAUACUGUGGGAGUCGCAUUUCUGCCCCAUCCUCAACUGGACCAAGCCAAACAUUUCGGAAAAGUGCGUGGUUAAUUAUACGAUAGACAAACACGAGUCUGGGCAAUCGUCGAACGACGGGGAUCAUCGACUGACUGAUAAGACCCAGUACAGACACAACUGCAUGUCCCACGAGAAGACUGUGACCUUCUACAUCACCACUGUGCCAGUGCCAGACCACUGCCCCAAGUACUCCAGAAGCAAGCCAGCCAUACUGCACGUCCACAGGUUAUCAGUGGAGGUGAAGGACUUCAGGUUUAUGUACUACACACAACAGACGGUCAACUGGACCUGGCAGCCCAUAGACGACAUCACAAACCUGCAGAGCUACUACAGUUUCUUGAAGGAAGGGAUGGUGUCGCAGCUCGAGCGAUGUCCACAGGGCAUAUUCAGAGGCUUGCAGCUGAUUGGCUGCCAUGUCAACAGUAGCACAUUGCCACCGGAGAUGUUCAUCCUGGUCAACGGAACCCGGGGCAACGACGUCAUCAACGCAACCUUCCACAGGAUCCUGAGACACAACUACAAGCUCCCCCCUCCUGAGGUGUCCGUCGGACUGCAGAAAAACAAUCAGCUGGUGAUCACCUUUUCCAAGCCUGACUUCCCAAAUUACCACUGUUUCCAAUACCAGGUCAACUACACAGAGUGUGGGAAACCAAAGUCAGAACUUGUGUCUGACAAGUCGGACGAGGCGUCGGCCAUCUUGCCCUACAGCGUGAGCUACAACAGCAAGUGCACGUACUCGGUGUGGGUGACCAGCCUGGUGGUGGCCACCUGUGGAUCCGGCGAGAGUGAGCCCAGCCAGAGGAAGGACUACGGAUCCGCCAGUGAGCUGUCGGUGGUGCUAGUGGUGGUGUGUGUGUGUGUGCUGCUCUGGAUUUGUGCGCUACUCUUCUUUUUCUACAGGUACAAAGAGAGGCUCCUGCCAAAGAUCCCAGAGCCUCAUCUGGACAGUUUCAAGGGACUGAUGGAGCGUCUCUAUGUGCCAGCGCCCGAGAGGGUGGAGAUCAACCUGGAGUUGUGUCCUAGCAACACAGAUGUGGCUCAACACACAACAUAAUCGUGACAAACACACACAAAACACACACACACACACACACACACACACACACACACAACAUAACCAUGACACACACACAGUUGUAGGAGAAACAAGUGCUAGAACUAAGGUAUGAAAACAAAAUGUAAUGAAACACAAACACACAACAUAAUCGUGACACACAUGCACACACACACACAUGCACACACACACAGUCAGCCUGUGAGUGAACUCUGACCUUGAAGACUCUGAGUGAGUGCACACACACACACACACACACACACACACACACACACACACACACACACACACACACACACACACACACACACAACAAACACAAACACACAUUCACCAGCAAAGACUCCUAUUAAUCAUCCAUCAUUAAGACAGUGUGGUUAUGGGAUGGACUCUCACACACACACACACACACACACACACACACACACACACACACACACACACUGUGAAGACACAUUCCCAGAGGAUGCAGCUCCUCGGACUACUAAGGUCAGAGACGGAGUUGAACUUUGACCCUGGCUGUCUUAAGGUGGACUGGAGCAGCGGUGGAACUGGCUGGUGUGAGUGCCUCGUCCAGGACCACCUUAAGCACCCUGUAUCCUCAGCAUCCUGCUUUUAUUCCCAGAUCAGCACUUACCACAGGGACGUGCACUGAAGCUGUGUGUGUGUGUGUGUGUGUGUGUGUCUGUGUGUGUGUGUGUGUGUGUGUGUGUGUGUGUGUGUGUGUGUGUGUGUGUGUGUAUGUGUGUGUGUGUGUGUGUGUGUGUGUGUGUGCGCGCGCGCAAUAGUGCUACCAUACUCUGCCUCAAGGUACACAGCCUGUUCUGCACUCCAUCAUCCAAUAAGCAAGCACUCUGCAUUCCUCAAACACUUCCUGAUGAACCCCUGUGUGUGUGUGUGUGUGUGUGUGUGUGUGUGUGUGUGUGUGUGUGUGUGUACAUACUACAGUAUAUGCUGUAUAUCAAAUUGUAUGGCAUUCUGUUGAUUGGUUAAUUGGUGUGUGUGUGUGUGUGUGUGUGUGUGUGUGUGUGUAUUAGUCCUCUGUCUACCUCAAGUGACCUCAGCCCUCUUCCCCAGCGUAAGGUUUCAUGUAAAUGUGUACAGAUCUGUCUCAAGAAGGCUGUUGUUUUCUCUGUGUUGUAUUUUUUCUGUAAAUCUUAUUUUUCUGCCGAAUUGUACAAUUAAAUGCUGUUUUUGUAAUGAAACCCU